AAAGUUCCCAGACUGACUGACUUCAUACUGUAUCAAUACUCAAUAGACUAGGGCAGGAGAAUGAGGAGGCGAGGAAGGUGUGUCUACUGUUUGUCUCAUAAUCUUUAGUUUAAAAGGUCUCUCGAGGAGGAUACUAAGUAGUUCAACACAGCGUGAAGACUGCACAAUCUGUAAAGAAAAGAGGACACGCACAGCAUACCACGGCAAUAUUAUUUUGAACCUGCGCUCGGGACUGGUCAGUCAGCGCCUACCAGUGGUGAUUCAACAAACACUAACCCAUCGGAGAACUCAACACAUAGAUUACAAAGAUGCCUGUGGAAACGCUGUCAGUCAGACACUCUCGGUCUAAUGUGGGUAGGUUCCCAUCAGUCACAUUGGGAUGGGGGCAGGAUGAGCCAGAGAAGGAGGAACCAGAGGAGGAGAACACAGAGGAGGGGGCGUGUCGGCGAUGGUUAUGUAAGAUCUGUCCUUGCUGCUGUCAAAGACAGAACGAUGAUGAUGACAUCACAGAUAUGGUCGUGACCGGGAUCCCGGAUGUAGACAACGAUGCGGGGAUGAAUGGCGACAAGCCAGUCACUGGUGGAAGUGAGCUCGAAGAGCUGUUGUUGACAGUGCGGUCCGUAGACCUGAUGAAAACCAAGAUGUGUCUGAACCGCCUGGAGCAUCACACAGACCAUUACUAUGGUGAUGACCUCAUCAUCCGCAGGGGGAAGACCUUCAUGAUGUGGCUUGACCUCUCACGACCUUAUGACCCCAACACAGACAGACUCCACCUGGAGCUUAAGACAGGAUCCCAGCCUACAGUGGCAAAGGGCACCCAUGUCAUCAUCCCAUUGGUUGAGGAGCUGGAGGAUGACUGUUGGGAGGCCAAGAUCGUGAAACGGGAUGGCAACAGGAUGAAGCUGUCUGUUAACUCCCAGCCCACUGCCGUGAUUGGCCGAUACCAGCUCACUGUGGCAACGCAUAGCCCGAAGGGCGAGGCCACAUCUACACAUGACCCAGGGAAUGACAUCCGCAUGCUGUUUAACCCUUGGUGUGAAGAAGACACAGUGUACAUGGACGAUGAGGAGGAGAAGAAUGAGUAUGUCCUGAAUGAUGUCGGUAGGCUUUACUAUGGCACAGAAAACCAGAUUGGUGCAAGAACGUGGAACUAUGGACAGUUUGAUGAGGGGAUCCUGGAUGCCUGUCUGUAUGUUUUGGAGAAGAGUGCGACCCCCCCCUCAGGCUGGGGAGACUCUGUCAAUGUAGUCCGAGUCAUUUCAGCCAUGAUCAACUCCCCAGAUGACUGUGGGGUCGUGGAGGGUAAUUGGUCAGGGAACUAUGUGGGAGGGACUUCCCCUACAGCUUGGAGUGGCAGUAUGGACAUCCUGAAGAAGUAUCAUAAGGACGGAGGCACACCGGUCAGAUAUGGCCAGUGUUGGGUCUUCUCUGGGGUCACUACCACAGUGUUGAGGUGUUUGGGCAUUCCCUCCCGUAGUGUGUCCAACUUCAACUCUGCCCAUGACACAGAUGUCUCCUUGACAACAGACGUGUACUUCAAUGAGAAUUUGGAGUCUAUAGAUCACCUCAACGCUGACUCUAUCUGGAACUUCCAUGUGUGGAACGACUGUUGGAUGGCUCGUCCAGACUUGCCACCAGGUCAUGGUGGCUGGCAGGCGGUAGACUCCACCCCCCAGGAGACCAGCCAGGGCACCUUCCGCUGCGGCCCUGCCUCCAUCACCGCCAUCCGCAACGGACAAGUGUUCCUCAAACAUGACUCGCCCUUCGUCUUUGCCGAGGUGAACAGUGAUAAGAUCUACUGGCAGAGGAACCUGGAUGGCACCUUCACCCAGAUCCACAGUGAGAAGAAUGCGGUGGGCCACUGUAUCAGCACCAAGGCUGUGGGCUCAGACGAACGCAACGAUAUCACACACCUUUACAAGCACCCAGAAGGCACAGAAGAGGAACGCAUUGCUGUGGAGACUGCCAGUCGCUAUGGUUCCAAACCAGAUACCUACUCCUCUCCCAUCGCUGAGGAUGUAUCAAUAGAGGUGACCAUGGAUGGGGAGGGGCCACGCAUGGGGGGAGAUGCAGAACUGAACAUUGUAAUGCGAAAUGCUAGUUCUCUACCACGCACCAUCAACCUCCACAGCCAGGUGGCAGUCAUGUACUACACUGGCGUGCUCAAGGCCACCGUCAAGAAGGACGAAACUCCUGUGGAGCUGCUACCCAAUGAAGUGAAGACCCUGGAGUGGAUCCUUCAGUACCAGCACUAUCAGGACCAGCUAGUGGACCAGGCUGCUCUGAUGCUGACCCUCUCAGGCCGGGUCACUGAGACACAGCAGGUCCUUGCCACUCAGUUCAGCUUCCGCCUCCGCACCCCUGACCUCAUCAUUAAGCCGGUAGGGGAGGCUGUGGUUGGGAAAAAGAUGGCGGCUGAGAUUUCCUUCACCAACCCUCUGCCACGCACGCUGAAGGGAGUGUUGUUCCAUGUGGAGGGGCUGGGCCUGCAGAGUAUUCGACAGAUCGCUGUUGGUGACGUGGCCAGUCACUCCUCUGUGACUCUGACGGAGCACUUUGUUCCCACUCUGCCUGGAUCCAGGAAACUGGUGGCUUCUCUGGACUGUAAGCAGCUCACACAGGUCCACGGUGUCGCCAACAUUGACGUCAAGGAGAAAUGAGCCUUUGGACACCAUAGACCCCUUUUGGUCUGCUUGACUAUUGAGGCAUAAUCACUGUAGAUGACAUAAGACGUCAUCACCCUCUCCUCCUCCAUACCAGAGCACUGAUGUUGCUGUUGAGUUCAUUAUGAUGUUUGAAAGUACAGUCUAAGCUUGAGACACAGGAAAACCAUACACCAUGCAAGACAAACCUGUAUUAUGUGCCUUGAAAAGUGCCUAGGCAUAUAAUUGCAGUCUUUACAAGAGUGGUAUUAGAAUUUGUAUAAUUGCAUAACAUAUCUUACCUACUGAACAGAGCACAAGCUAUAUGACACAUCGGAACAAUAAUGUUUGUUUAGUAUGCUGUACAGUAAAGCAUAAAUACUGUGUACAGAGUGGUUUGUUCUGUUGCUAGAGCAUUGUAUAUCUAUGACAAUCAGAUUUUUCUCUGAUAUUAUUUUCUAACACUUAUUAGAAGGAGUAUGCGUUACCUUACACUGUACAUUUGAAUAAUGCUAUGGUGUUAUUAACUUAUAAAACGUUGUUGUUGAUGUUAAGAGAUCAGUUAUUUUAAACAUACAGGUAACUGCCAAAAUAAAGAAAUCAAUGUAUAUUGAAAGCAGGUGCUUCCACACAGGUGUGGUUCCUGAGCAAUUCCUAAGCAAUUAACAUGCCAUUAUGCUUAGGAUUAUGUAUAAAAAUGCUGGGCAGGCCAAGUUGCCCAUUAUUUUUGCUACCAUGGCUAUGCCCCCAUAGGAUGACAAUAACCUCAUCCACAGGGCAAGAGUGGACACUGAAUGGUUUGAUGAGCAUGAAAAUUAUGUAAACCAUAUGCUAUGGCCAUCUCAGUCACCAGAUUUCAGCCCA